UUAUGGACUCGAAGCGUGAUUUCUUCUACACUAGUUCUUUAAAUGUGGUGAUGAUUACUUAUUCAGAUAAUAAUGAACCUCCUGCAAUUAUAUAAAUUUUACCAACCAUUUAGUGAUUCUUGUGUUGUUGCUUUUGUGUUUGUUGACUCCAGUGAGAGAGUUAUCCGUACAUGUUGAUUCAUUUUGCAUAAAAUGACACGAGUACCCUUCUUUUUCAGUCUUUUGACCUCUUCCUUGAUUUGUUUGCAUGCCUUGGUGGUGUGACCACAGAUUUGGUGGAAGUGACAAUAUAGCUCUUGACACCUUGAGUUGGGUGAGGCCACCUAACAGUCUCUUCAUAUUUGAUAACCAACAAAAUGUUGACAUGAGAUGUGCUAUGCAAAGUAUAAUUUGAUGGUCAAGGCUCACAUUGUUGGUUGCAGGUUGAGGAGGGGGAUCACGACUCCUAACUGUUCAACCUUCCUUUGUUGUGAGGUUUGAUUAGUAUCUCCAGAGUACUUUUUAUUCUUGCCCUCAAAUUUCUUGAAUUACUACUUGUAUGCAUAGAUGGCCUCAUAUACAACACAAUGAAUGAGUUCAACGUAAAUGUAAACCAUCACCCACAUGAAUGAUGAGUAGAAAGAUCCCGGGCAAAGCCAUCCGAGUAAGCCUCUCUUAAAUAAUCCUGAAUCCACAACUGAAAUAUGACGAGCUUCAAUGGAGAAUCUAUAGAAGUAGUCCUUGAGCGAUUAUCCUUAUUCCUAGAAAAUUUCUGAGAGAUGGGUCGAAUCUUUGAUGAUCAUUCUACUUAUUAUGAACAGCUCCACAAAUAGCUUGACAAGCUCAUUGAAGGUGUUGAUAGCGCCUCCUAGGAGAGAGUAGAACUAGGAGCAAAUUUCUAAGAGAUGGGUCAAAUCUUUGAUAAUCAUUCUAUUUUUUGUUUAUAUCUUUUUCUUAAAUUACUCCAGAGUCAUAUCGGCCACCAGUCACCAUGAAUCUGUUCCCCUUGUCCAACGCAGCAGCCGAAGUUUCAAAAAAAGGCGAACAAAAGGAGAGAGAAAUGAAUGCUUCGUUAACCAUAUUUUACCGUGGAAAGAUGAUGGUUUUCGACAAUUUUCCGGCCAUGAAAGCUGAGAGUUUGAUGGAAAUGGCAAGCAAGAACGUUAACUCAGACGCCGGUGCUACGACAGCUUUACCAUUGCCACCGGAGGCUCAAGCUUCUGUAGACCUAUCCAUGCCCAUUGCAAGGAGGGCAUCACUUCAUAGAUUCCUUGAGAAGAGGAAGGAUCGGAUAAAAAACAAUGCACCUUAUUUAUUUAAGGGUCUGCCAAAAAUAGAACCAACAAUGUCAGAAAUGAAGUCAGAAAAGAAGCAAUCAUGGCUUGCAUUGGGCCACAACUGAGAGAAAAUUUUUGUUGGGA